AUGUAUCUCAUCCCCUCCAUUAUACGUCACUUCUCUUCUUCUACACUUGUUGCUAGGUUUCAUUGUUGCUCUUCAAGAUACACAAGUCCAUAUGCAAAACUAGGGCUUUUUCUGAAAUUGCUCAAGGAGAAAGCCAUGACAUCUAACAACGAUGCCAAGAAGAAAACUAAGAAACACAAAAAAAAAUACGCUGAUUAUGAAGAUCCCGAAGAUGAAAUUCUCGUAUCAGACAUGCCCAUGGACUAUGAGAGGGAAAAGGUAAUAACUGUUUCAUUCCAAUCUGUUAAAGAUCCUUUUCUUACCAAACUUUUUGAAGAUGAAUCUGAGUUUUUUGGUGAAAAAGAUGAAUAUGUAGAUGAUUUAGUUCAUCUAGAAGAUGACGAGAAUGACAUUGUGGUUUCCAAUUCUGUCCAUGAUCCCACCAUAGAGUGGAAUCUCAUGGACCAAAGGGCAUUGGAAGAGAUCUUGCCCACAAUAUCUGCAAGAUAUCAAGGAUGGCAAAGUGAAGCCAUCUUCGGCAGGGUCUAAAGGAAAGUGAGGAGAUAGAGCGAGGAAGGAUAAACCUGAUCAUGGGAAACAGAAAGUCUUCACCAGUAACCAAGAUCGGAGUUUAUCAGCUUCUGCUUAGUAAUGAUGUUAGAUUAGAUUUAAUAAAUGUUUGCUAUUCGUCUGAGAUGACGAGAAACAUUAUUUCAUUUCAUGCAUUGUUCAGACAAGGUUUUACAUAUUCUUUUAAU